AUGGCGGAAGAAAGCUGUUGUGGCUGCGCUUCGCUCGACCCGAACGAUGAGUAUGACACGGGGCUGCACGUCGGCUCGAUCUUUAUCAUCUUUGCGGUGUCUGCUGCAGGCACCUUGCUGCCUGUCGUCUCGCAAAGGAUCUCUUAUUGCAAUACCAACUCGAUCAUCAUGGAAGCGAUCGGUGCGUUUGCCUACGGCGUAGUCCUGGCCACGGGCCUUAUCCACAUGGUCAACGAAGGUAUCGAGAAGUUGAGCAACGAGUGCCUCGGUCCCAUUGUUGAAGACUACGGAAGCCUUGGCCUGGCCUUCGUCCUCAUCACACUAGUGCUCAUGCAUUUCAUCGACUGCGAGAGCUCCGUCUUCUUUGGCGCUCAAGGCUCGAUGCUCCACGGUCACGGUCACGACCAUGGGGCGCCCGUAACGCAAGAGGUGUUUACGACUCCGGACGGGCUCAAUUACACUCCUGACGAGGAACUGUACCAAGUGAAGCCUCAUGCCAGCAGUGCCCACGCCUCGACGACUCGCCGCAAAAUGGCGACCUUCAUCUUCGAGGCCGGCGUGCUCUUCCACUCGGUCAUUAUUGGCAUCGACCUGGGCGUCACGACAGGAUCCGAAUUCAACACGUUGCUCGCAGCGCUGUGCUUUCACCAGUUCUUUGAGGGUAUCGCUAUCGGGACUGCUGCACUGAGCUCGCUCGAGAGCAAGACGAAGCUCUUCAUGCUGAACUUUGCCUUCGCUAUCACGACUCCUAUCGGUCAAGUGAUUGGCAUUGCCAUCCAUAGUACGUACUCGGAAACCUCAACGACCGCUCUGUGGGUGCAGGGCACGCUCGACUGUGUCGCUGGCGGCAUCUUACUCUACACGGGUCUAGUGGAGCUACUGACGCACAACAUGACCACGAACAGCACGUUCUUGUCUCGAUCGGCACUGCAGCGAUUCACGAUGUACCUCUUCCUAUGGCUGGGUGCCGGCUUGAUGGCACUCAUCGGCAAGUGGGCGUAA